UCAAGCUGCAGAGAUGGAAAUUGAAGCCGAGGAAGGGUCCAGUGUGCACGCAGCAGAAUUCGGACACCUGCCGGACAACAUUACAGUGUUGGAAGGAGAAAGCGUCACUUUGAGAUGUCGGAUCGAUGAGGAAGUGACCCACAAGGCCUGGCUGAACCGCUCCAACAUCCUCUUCACAGGGACAGACAAGUGGUCGCUGGACAAACGCGUGACGCUGGCCAACAGCAACAACAGCGACUUCUCCAUUCACAUCGAAAAUGUGCAAGUAACCGACGAGGGGCCUUACACCUGCACCUUCCAAGCCAACAACAAGCCCCGCAUCGCCCACGUCUACCUCAUCGUCCAAGUGCCGGCCAGGAUCGUGAAUAUCUCCAAAAACGUGUCGGUAAACGAAGGCGAGAAUGUAAACCUCUACUGUCUUGCAGUAGGUCGACCUGAGCCCACCGUCACCUGGAAGGACCAGAAAUAUGGGCUGGUGAGUGAGGGGGAGUUCCUGGACAUCACAGAGAUCAAGAGGCAGCAGGCCGAGGACUACGAAUGCAUCACUAACAAUGGAGUCGCCCCACCCGAUCAGCGCAAGGUCAAAGUCACAGUCAACUACCCUCCGAUGAUCACAGAUAUGAAGAACAUGCCGGCACAUUUGGGUAAAACAGCCAUCCUGCGCUGUGAAGCCAUGGCGGUCCCACCAGCUGUCUUCGAGUGGUACAGAGACGACCACAGGCCGGUAGAGAGUGACAACACCCUAAGGAUCAAAAACGAGAAGACACGCUCGCUGUUGCUGUUCACCAAUGUGACAGAAAAACACUUUGGCAACUACACCUGCUUCGCCUCAAACCGUCUUGGGGCUUCCAACGCCAGCAUGCUGCUGUUUCGACCGGGGGCCAUACAGGGGCGAGGGACCGGUUUACAAGCAGGAAUGAGCGUCAGCGUGUGUGUUUGGAUUUCCCUCUCCACUGUUCUUCUGCUGAAAGUGUAAAAGAUCGAGCUCCACCUGGAAAAGUCAGCCCUUAACGUCUGUGAAAGCCCUGCCCCUUCCCUACCGAUUCCCCCUUCUUUCCUCUCUCUCUCUCUCUCUUUUCCCCUCUAUGGAAGGAAGACGGAAAUGAAAUUCUUUAAUUACGAACCCAUCACUGUGAACAAAAAGAAUAUGCAUUAAUCCAGGAGCCAUUGAAUCAUCACAUACAUCAACCCCAGCCUGAAAAAAACACCCACAAUUCAAUUUUGAGGUCAAGCAUUGACAUCACCCUCUCCUCCCCUUCUCUCUCACUCAGUCUGUCUCUUUUGUCUCCCAGGAUGCCUUGCAGAUGUGUCUGACUUGGCAUUUCCCCAUCGCCUUUCAUUUUACCACCUGGCAGAUGUUAAGAGAGUGUAUAUUAAUGAGUAUUGUGUCAGUGAUCAAUGAGAACAUAGGUAAUCUAACAACUGGACCAUCAUUUAUGUAAUAUACUACACAGACUAAUGACUGACUACAAUGUUUGCCUUAUGGAAACAAUAUUAUGGUGGAUAUUUAUGGAAAUUAUAGGGUUAAUGUGGCGGUUAUGUGACCUUUUGGAAUUUGUUGAAUUGGUGGCCAUGUGAAGUGUCACCCUUCAUACACAAACAUGUAUGGAUUAUUUUUUAAAUGUGUAGCAGUGAAGCUGCUAUGAAUGAUGUCAAAAUGUACAAAAAAAAGGGUGGGUGGUGACGGCGUCAGUCUCAAAAACCCCUUUAUGUAACUCUGAGGGGUUAAACCGAGGUUCCGCAUGCGGACACCCUCACUACCCAAACCUUUUUGACCCUCCCCACCUCCCUCCCCUUCUCUGUUCUCCGUGCUCUGUCUCGCAUCGCUUUAGUGUUUCCUGCUCCCCAUCUUCCUCCCUCCUCCUUCACAGUGUAAAUAUAUGCAGUACAGAGGCCACGCCGGCGACCUCACCUCGCCUCCCAUCGGCCUCGACUUCGCUCCGAAACAGCGAGAGACUGUCCGGCGACAACAAUAUCUUCUGUUUCCAAGCUGCGGCGGUGGCUCCAUCCUCUUUGUCGCUUGUUGAUAGCAUGUACCGGUUAGAGAUGUUCCUGUUGUGACUCCAUACUUCCUCCCCUUUUCCCUGCACUGUGUCUGUUCUCCUCUGCAAGGUUACCUGCUUUUACUUUUUUGGUGUUAAUAAUAGUACAGAUGAUGAUGAUGUUAAUAAGUAUUUGAAUAACUAUGAAUAGUAAUUCCAUGUGAGAUAUUAAAAAAAAAAGAGAAAAACUGAUGGUAAUGAGUUGGCGUGGGGGAAAAUAAUUUUUGUACUUUACUGGGAGAGUCACAAACAUUGAAGGAUGAAAAAAAAUUAACAAAAAAAUACACAUGUAAAGUUUUUUCGAAGUGAUGUGCUCUAUUUUGCCAUGACAAGCUUUUUAAAAAUGCAUUUGGAGGAUUUAUUUCACCUGGCAGUGAAUGAUGAUGUAAAUUAUGAUUUAUUUACUGGACUCUUACUCAUUCAUCACUCAUAUUUGUCCAGUCUUUCUUUGAUUCAGAUCUCUGUCAGUCUCUGUGAGGCGGGUCUUGUUUGGCCAGACCGCAGGGAGAUAAAGAUGUAAUUAGCUCUUACCUGUGGCUGGCUAAGUGAAGGAGCCCGGGCCCCGCCUGUUACCCCCCUUUACAACCUGUGAUGGCCCCCAUAAAUCAAGCUCAAUCCUGCUACUGACAGGACUCCUCUUCAAGGACAACGCCGCCUCGGUGCGCCCUGUUCUCCCCUACCUGUGACACGCAGGCACGGGCACUACAAAACCCCCAUGGCACAAUUAUCCAUCCGCCUCCCCCGCACAGCACAAACAGUGGGAGGUAAGCCCGACACGGUAGCACUCUUUCUGCUCCACUCACAUGCAGGGACUGUAUGCAAAUUUGCCAUAAUGAGCCUGCACGGAGAGACGAGUUUACCCCGGCUGAACCCAGACUACUGCGGCUUUAAAGGGGAAUCACUUAGUAUUAAAUUGUCUGAAUGUGUUUUUGUUUGAAUUUGUUUCAAACCAGCAAUAACCCCUAACUCUACUGUGCAAGAGGUAUCAGAUAUGGUUAAAGCUGUGGUGUUAUAUCUGAAAAUUUAACAAGGUAUAUCAAAUGUUGUACUUUUACUGUGUACAGUACUCUGAAAUGAUUGUGAAGCUCUGUUUAAAUGGCCCUAAUCUUAAAAAUACUUCAUGUUGUACUCAAUUAGUCUUGCCCUCUGCGAUUUAGUCUGUGUGACAGAACAAACAUCAUUCGUGCAUGCAUCUUGUUGCUCCAAAAAUAAUGACAAAUUCCAUUUCAAGCACAAGAGCAGGUCGUUUGGUCACUGCUUCUUCUCUCUGUCUCAGUGACUUCUUCUUCACCCUCUCAGUUUCUCUUUUUCUUUGUUUUCCUACACAAACAUGCUGUAAUGUAUGAGUCCAUGUCAGCGUCCCCACUGGGUUUGUCAGUGGCAUGUAACAUCUGUAUGUACAUAAUCUGUCCUUGAUGAAGAAAAAACUAAAGAAAGCAUCAAAAGAAAGAGUACAAAAAAAUAACACUGUCAUGUUUUUCAAUGUGGGUUUGAAAAAAAAGCACGUCAAUGUUGGUGUAUGGGUGGAUUUUGAAAAGAAAAAAACAAGCUAACACUGUAUGUUGUGGUUCUAAGGACAUCGGACAAUAUGAUUUGAAACCAUGGUGUUUGAAUUGACAGAAUGUGGGCAUUUUUGUAUAAACA